AUGCAUGAUGCAAUUGUUGAAGUAACUGAUAAAGAAAUGAAAAUAAAAUCGACAAAUGGUAAUGCAUCUCGUUUGAAUAAUGAUAAUAAAAUAUUAGAAUAUAUUUUUCCAUAUAUAAAAUAUAAAUUUGACAAUCUAUUUGCUCAUGGUUUAAUUUUUAUUAUUCCAUUAUUAACUAUUAUAACUGUAUUUAUUAUAUUAAUAUUUAGUAUAAUUUAUUAUUUUACUAAAAAAACAGAUAGUUACAAAGAUGCAUUAUGGCAAACAUUUCCACGUAUACUUGAUUCAUGUGCAGCAGCACACGAUGAAGGUUGA